AUGAGUGUCAAGGAGAAGGCCAAGGCGUUCGAAGGUACACUGUGUGAAUUAUUUCAGCGCAAUGUUGUGUGUGAUCGGUUGAUUUAAACAUAACUGGAAUAUUUGGGGGUGUUCCAUGAUGAGUUUACUUUACUAGUCUCUUAAACACUCAGAGUUUAUUUGAAAAUGUUUAAGUUUAUUCAAGAUCAGAAUACACCACGGCACAAACGUGGUUUUCGAUGACAAGUUUAAGCGUGCGAAAUGUAUUGUUUUGGGCAUUUCCGUCUUUGGAAUCAACAUGUCGUCUUAUUGUCGAAGUGAUGUAGAGAUCGAGUUUCGUUGCAAUAAAUCUUUCUUUUGGAAGGAUGUAAAUUCUUAUUCUCGAUAUAUGCCCCUCUGUUUUGCAAAAGGACGUUCCUCUGUGAUUGGAGAAAGCCCACCACCGAAAAAGAAAAGCCGCGAAGAACACAUCGGUAAGACAUUAGGUUAAUGUACUCACUGUGAUAACACGCUUAGAAGGGUCCAUUGAUAAUAAGAUAACUAAGAGCGGUUUCUGAUCCUCUCCAUUUUAGGCUGUUUAGUUUUAUUUCAGCUACGAUUUUUCGCCCAUUUCCUGAAUCGGUUUGAUUUCCGCACAAUUCGAUUACGUAUUCCUAGAAGGAAAUGGGAUUGCCGGUCUCAAGAGAUAGUCUGAUUGACAGUUGAAAUGAUAAAGAUUGAUAUCAAGUCCCACGGUCGCAGAUCAAUCGAGUUAUCCAAAUGCUUCACGACAAUGUAAUUGACCCUCAUGCUCACAACAUGUUGCGCUUUUACAGAUAAACUCUUAAAACAAUAUUUUGUUUAUUUUUAUCAUAAACAUCAUGUUUAGAUCAACUUGUGUUUAUUCCAUGAAAUAUGACAGAAGCCCAACAAUGCAUAAUGAGAUGUGUCUAUUGAAGCUUCUUUGUAGAAAGACAUCUGUUAUGCUAGCAGGUGCAAUGACCAUGUCAUUGUCAGUAAUAUUCUGAAGCUUUACAGGCAUGGAGUGUCUAUUUGUCUCAAAACUGUUGAAAUUUUUGAUUAAAAAAAACAUUACUAUGUAUGGUAUGAUGUGUUAGUGUGUAAUAUUCAUCAAGCAAGCCUCUCUUGAAGGCUUCAUUGGCAAAUUUUAUUUCAUUGGUGUUAAAUGAUAAAAAUAAAAUGAUAAAAACAAAAAUGAAGACUUUACUAACACAACUUUUUUAAAGAAUGUGUGGUCACAAUUCAAGUCACUACUAAAUGUGAUGUAACCUUUUCAAGGCUGUUCACUUCCUAAAAAGAAACAACAGUGUAUAACACUCUCACACCCAAGAUCUCAUAAGUAAUUCUCCUCACUGUCUACCAUACAGUUCUCAUAUGAGUGUUUGAUAUUUUUCUUUAUUCCCAUUACCUACCUACUUGAUAUUGUAUUGAUUAUGUGGGGAGAAAUUCUGUCUCUGUCACUCAUGGGAAUUGAAGGAGCAAUAGGAGAUAGUUUUGUUCAUGUACAUUGGACAUGAUUUUGGCAUGGGAUUUUGUAUGCCAUUAAAAGUCGUGAACCCUCUUGUGUUUUUUAAUUUUUUAAUGUCUGUCUGUGGAGGUGUAUGUUGGGGUAGAUUUGACUUUUAAAAACUUUUAAUCCCCUAAAAAUUGCACACAUCUUAUUUCUUUGUGUAAUUUCACUUCUGAAUCUAACCUAAGGGUCACAAGAAUAGAGAAAUUUAUCUCCAACUAAAAAGUUCAUGAUUGUUAACCCUUUAAAUCCCAGAUCAAAUUUGUAAUUCUCUUUACUGUCAACCAUACAAUUCUUGUGAUGUUAGUUCAGAGAAUUUAGUAUUAGAUCAACAAGUUAUCCCCAAAUUGAUAUUUUUCUUUAUUCUCAUUACUUGUCUGCUUGAUAUUGUAUUGAUAUUGUAAGGAGAAAUUCUGUCUUGGUCACUCAUAGGGGUUUUAAGGGUUAAACAAGUUCUCCUUGUUAGUAACAUUGGAAAUGUCUAUAGAGCAGUGUGCAGAAUAUGCACACUGAAAGAAAAACUUUGUUUGGCAAUCUGGACAAGCUUAACUCUAACGCAGGCAUCUCCAAAAGGGAACAUUUUUUUCAGUGCAGUUGUUUCAUAGUUACAGGAUAAUAGGCCAUUUUACAGUUAUGUACUUAGUUGCCAGGCCUUUGAUUUGGAGUGAGGCUGAAGGUGACCUUGUUGUGAUAGAGACCUGUAUCUAGUUAGCAUGAUAACAAAGUAAUUUGCAUUUGAAAAGCAGCAAGGUUUGUAUCAUCACAAGGUCACCCUUAGCCUCAAUCCUGUUCAAAGGCUUGGCAACCAAGCACACAACUGUAAAAUGGACUAUUAAGUGGAAUUUAAUAGUUCUUUAUUUACAUUACUUGUAUCUAAAAAUUGUUUUUGUUUCUCAAUGGUUUUUCACAGGUGGCAGUGGCAACGACGACCUGGAAAGGUGAGUUCAAGUAGAUUACAACUUGCAAAUGGUCACCUUGAAUGAGGGUCUUUUCCUCUUAUCCUUUGUUGAAUUCUGCAAGAUAUGAAUAGUGUACUGUUCACAGGGCUGUGCUCCAAGAAAAAAUUAAAGGGAGCCCAUUUCUCUGAAAUUGUGAAAAUCAGGGUGCCAAGCACAUGCUUUUUAUGAAAAAACUAAUAUUUUCCGAGUUGCCCUAGAGUGAAUACAGGUGUGAGGGACUACCAUAUGCCGCAAGAGCACAGCCCUGUGUUCUGGUCCAUAGGAACAGGUUUGUUAGCAUGAGCAUGAUCAUAGGAGUCUGAGGAGUUUUCUAUGAGAGUCUCCUCUGACUCAUGUGCCCAAAAGGGAGUUGAGGAAACUCUCUUUUGUUGCUAGAAGCUCUAUAAUAUUUGCUGGAAUCAAACAGUCAUUUGCUCUCAGUAAAAUCACCACAACUCUAAUUACAAGCUGCUCAGUGUAAUAUCCAAGAUUUCACCGUCAAAAAUGUCACUUUAAUAAUUACAUUCCUCCUUUUUAUGCAGAGAAUCAUCAUCUGAAACUCCUGAACCACCACCAAGAAAAUCCAAAAAGAAUGGCAAAAUAAAAUCAUCUGAAGAAUACAGUCCAAGUUUAGAAAGAAAAGAAAAUAUUCCAACAAGUGUCAAGGACACCAAGGGGCGUCAAAAACCCCCAAGACCUCCUCCACCCCCAAGGGGAAGUUCUUUGGGACGUAAGAGUGAAUUGUUGUCAAAUUUGCGAUUACAGUCAUCAGGAGAGAAAAAGAAAAAACCUCCUGUCCCUCCAAAACCCAAGAAUCACAUUCCUAAGAAAGCUUAUGUGAAAAGGAACAUUAGUGUCAAAAGUGUGAAAAAAAUUGUUAGUCAGCCAGCAAAGGAUGGAUCUGUUUUGGUGCCAAAGUCUUCCACAAACAGUGCACAUGAAUCACAGUUUUUCGCCCCUCUAGAUAAAGACACUUCUAAGGUGGCAUCAUCUGAAAAUCACGAGUCAAAAAGAUCUUCACAGUUUUUUGUCUCUUUGGAAGAACAAACUUCUAGUAAAGACAGCCUAAAUACUAAGGAGUUAGACAAUUCAAAAGGACAUAUUGUGUUUGAGCAUGCUUCAGAAGAUAGUGAAUUCAGUAAUGUUGAAAAUGGCUUUGUGGAUAGUAACGGCAUUCAUGAGAAUGGGGUAGCUUCUAGGCCUCUUGUUAUUCAACCUGGGAACAUAAAUUUUGAAAAGGACAUGGCAGAUCCUCUGGAAGGUCUUGAAAUAACAGUUGAUUAUAUUAGUGAGGAUGAUGACAUUUCUUCAAUGCUACCCGAGGGAAAGAAUGAAGUUGGGGAAUUUUCUGAGCCUAUGGAGGUCAGUGUGGAUGAUGCUUCAAAUGACAGAGUUUGCAAUGAAUUUCAACCAGUUGAUGGUGUAGAAGAACCAGAAGAUAAAGUUCAUAUAUUAUACAGUGUUGAGCUUGAGGAAGAAUGUUCUGUCACUGUGAUAGAAAAUGAUACAAGGAGUGAUGAAAAAGGAAAAAAAAUACUGGAAGUACAAGGAGAGAUUAGAGCAGAAAACAAUGAAGUUAUAGAAGUUGGUAAAGGUGAAUCAAUUGCCAGCAACCUUCUUUCAGAAAAUUUGGUUGGGGAGAAUGCUUCACUAACCAAUGAUGAGGUAGAAAAAGACAAAAUGGAAGAAGAAAUUAGUGUGGUUAAUUUUUUCAAUCAUCAAGAGGAAAUGGCGUCUAAUUUUGAAGCUGAAGAGCGAGUGGACAGUGUUUUGGAAAAUCUAAGUGAAGAUUCAGAAGAAAUUGUUAUGAAGGAAGAUUCUCCAGUUGAUGAAGUACAAGAACUAUCAGUUAACCAGAAUGUUGAGUGUGAAACUGAAUUAGAGAGUUCACAAAUUUGUGUAGAUUCAACUGGACAAAACAAAGUUGAAAACGUAACUGAUAAGAGCCAUGAAGCAGCUAUGGAAGAAGCACAGCAAAAUGAAUCUCAACAAAAUGGCGAGGUGAUUAUGGCUGAACCGAUAAGAGAAGGUACUUUGUUAUCAGUUACUGAUCGUGUUAUUUUCAAGGAAAUUUCUCAUGUGGAUGAAGAUAAAAACAAUUCUGAGGAACCUGCUGAAGAAAAAUUAGAAGAUGUUAGGAAUGAAGAUCACUCAGGGUUUAAGGGUCAACAUGAAAAUGAAGGAUUUAUGGAGAAAAAUGAACUUGAGUUUGUUUUUACUAAACCAGAGGAAUUGGAAUCCUGCCAAGACAUGGCAGUAGAAUUGGACAAAACUGAACAAUCUGGAGAACAGUUGCUUGAGAAUUCAAUUCCUGAAAAUUUUUGUCAAGAAGAGAGAAAAGAUGGCCAGACGGAAUUUGCGUGUACUAGUGGCAAUGAGGAGGAACCUAAAAUAGAAGAAGAUGUAUCAAGUUUAGAAAACACUGAGGGUUUGAUACAUAAGGAGAGGGAUGAUCAGGAUGAAAGCACUGUCAUUCCUGAUUCUAUAGAAGAUGAUCUAGAUACUGUGUCAUCUGAAUUAGUUAAUGUGGAGCAAGCUGCUUCACAGGAAAAUGUUGAGGCUGUGCUAUUUGAGAUGAAGGAAGAUCAGGAUAAAAGCACUGUCAAUGCCAUCCCUAAUUUGAAAGAAGAUAUAGAAACUGCUUCAUCUGAAUUUGUCGGUGUGGAGCAACCUCCUUCAAAGGCCAACAAGGAGGUUGUGCAAGUUGAAGUAGAGGAGGUUGAGAGUUCAUGCAUUGUUAAUGCCAUCUCUAUUUCUACUGAAGAAGAUCUAGAAACUGCUUCAUCUGAAUUUGUUGAUGUGGAGCAACCUCCUUCACAGGCCAUCAAAGAGGUUGUGCAAGUUGAAGUAGAGGAGUGUGAGAAUGCGAGCAUUAUGAAUACCAUCUCUAUUUCUAGAGAAGAAGAUCUAGAAACUGCUUCAUCUGAAUUUGUUGAUGUGGAGCAACCUCCUUCACAGGCCAUCAAAGAGGUUGUGCAAGGUGAAGUAAAGGAGGGUGAGAGUCCAUGCAUUGUGAAUACCAUCUCUAUUUCUAGAGAAGAAAAUCUAGAAACUGCUUCAUCUGAAUUUGUUGAUGUGGAACAACCUCCUUCACAGGCCAACAAAGAGGUCGUACAAGUUGAAGUAGAGGAGUGUGAGAAUGCGAGCAUUGUAAAUGCCAUCCCUAUUUCUACAGCGGAAGAUCCGGAAACUGCUUCAUCUGAAUUUGUCACUGUGGAGCAACCACCAUCACAGGAAAAUGUAGAUGGCGACAAUUCACUUUCUCCAGAGUCUCAGCCAGUUCCCCCAGAGAGACGAAGUCGCAAGGCUAAGAAACAAAAGCAUGUUUAUGAAAAUAUUGCUGCAACUUCAAGGCAACUUGAGCAGAUUAAAAUUAAGGGAGACUCCCUGAGAAAAACUCAGUCCUUCAGUAAAUAUGAAACAGCUUCUCUCUCAAUAUCACGCCCUGUUCAGCGCGUGUCUGAUGAUGAGGUUAUUUACAGAGUUCCUGCUAAGGUCAUUCCAGUUGAAAGUUUUAGAACUGAUGAAUCCGAGUACAGUGUUCCACUUCCAAUUUCAUCUCGAGCACGCAGUGUCACUAUGCAAGAUGAGUAUGCAGUGCCCAAGUCAAUCAUAGUAAAAGCAUGUGCAGUAACAGAUAGUCAUUGUGCUGAUGACAGAGAAAUAUAUUCUGUUCCUGGUCAAGUAACACCUGUACCUGUGGUUGAAAAAUUCUCUGAUUUUUCAAGUAGACUUCCCUCUCAGGCAGUUCCACAGGAGGAUGAUAGUGAAUAUGCUGUGCCUGUUCAGGCAAAACCAGCAAUGUCAGCUCCUGUGUCAGCCACUCCACCUCCAAAACCCCCGAGAACAAGCUUGUUAAAAGAAGAGUUUAAUGUCUUUGCAAGUGUGGAGGAGACAUCCAGUUCAGCAAGCACAGAGUCAGAAACAAGGCAAUCACCAAAACCAGUCCCAAGGACAAGAGAGCUGAAGAAUUCACCGAGUCCUGUACCAAGGAAGAGCUCAAAGACUGCUGCAUCAUCAGAAUCAUCAACAACCCACAGCAGUGAAAACUCUCCAAGUCCUGUACCAAGGAAGAACUCGAAGCUUGUCAUGUCAACAGACUCAUCUUCAACUAAUAGUGGUGAUAACUCACCAACUCCUGUACCAAGGAAAAGCUUGAAAAUCGCUUCAUCAACAGAGUCUACUUCAACUCAAAGUAGUGAGUCUCCGGUUCCUGUACCUCGUACUCGUCUGAAUGCUCUUCAGCCUGAACCUUCCAUCUCAAAUGAAUCUUCAUCAGAGCUCUCUACAUUGUCAUCUUCUGACAUCUCUACAGUGGAGACCACGGAGGAGGAACAAACCUUGAAACGCAAACCUCCACCACGCCCACCUCCUCCAAGCAGCCGCACAAGCAUCAUAAACAAUGAAAAUGAAGCCCCUCCCCUGACACCAGGGCCGUUUGCAAACGAGGCCGAUUCUGAUACGGAUUCUGAUGUUGGAGAAGAGGCAUCAUCAAAGGUAAUUAUUAAAUAAAUCCUUUACAUCCUAACAUUGAUAUCGAUAUUCUCCAUACCCCCUCUUUGCAUUUCCUUUGGUACUGACAAGGAGAAUUUGUUUGGUGAUCGUUUCCUUUAUUCUCACAAUCUUAAUGAAUAAUUCAAAUGUGAUAUUGCAUGGAGAAAUUAGAUACUGGUCACUCUUGACUAUUUUAACCCUAAGGGAGACCAGCAUCUAAUUUCUCCUCAAAUUUAUUUACCCUAAUAUUUAUAGCAUCAUUGCUAUCUUAGCUUUUGUUUAAUGUUUAUAAUUACCAUGAUUACUUCUGUAGGGUCCACCAAAGUCAAAGACAUACUACAUUGCACAUGAAAUUCUCUCAACUGAGCAGACGUUUGUGGAUGCUUUAAAACUUGUCUUUGAGGUAAAGGAAAAAAAAGGAAGAGGGAGAUUAUUUUGAUCAGUAUUGGUAUAUGAGGAAUUGCAUGGGCACGGGCACAUACCUCUCCCCUAACCCAACAUUUAUUCUAACUUGGAUAAGGGAAGGGGUAGGUGUGCAGUUUCUCAGAUACUGGCAUUGAUCUAAUAAUUUUAAGUAUGUGUGGUAACAUUUUUUGUAGCAGGAAAGCUGGUGCCAUGUUUUUUGCAGCUAUGUAUAAUGUAAAGUAGGUGAAACUGGAGACAAUAACCCUGACCAGCAGCUUGGCUAAAACUGCCAAUGGCAACAAAAAUACUAUCACAGAAGGGGGAGGGGGUGGGGAAGUGAAUUGAGCCUCUCAAGCUGCUAUGCAUUUCCUUAUGUUAAAUUAGUUAUGAGAAUUUGGUGAUAGAUAUAAAUCAAGGAAAUAUCUUCUACCUGAUAGGUGUGAGUAUUCUCAUUACCUGUUUGCUGGAUAAUGUAUGGAUAUUAAUGGGAGAAACUACAUGUUAAUCACUUCAGGGAGUAAAGAGUAUUGACUGUCAAUAAAUAUACAGACAUCUCCAUGGCACUGUUUCCACAAAUAGUCCAUUGUACUUUACAUUAGAAUGCACUUUACACAUUUGUUAGAUCAUUAGGAAUUGGACUUCUUUUUUUCAACUCUCUGUAGGAAUGUUAUGGAACAAUAAAGCAAGCCAAUGUUGUAGCUGAUAGCACUUUGGGUGACAUCUUUUGUGACCUAGAGAAUAUUUAUUUGCUGGAUUCUAGAUUCCUCCAAGAACUAGAGGAACGAAUGAAAACAUGGUAAAUAUGAAUUUUGAACGUACAAAUAUAAUUAAUUUUAAUCAAAGAAAUUGUUAUCCAUUUGGUGGCGAGCAUGCGAGCAGGGAAAAAAGUGAGCUGUGUGAGGAAGUAAACCUCAGACCCUUUGUGUUCUGCUCUACUACAGUUUUGAUUCCUCAUAGGAAACUCAAGUUUUUCUACCAAUCACUUGGGAAUAAAAUAAAAAUAUUUUUCCUCAUUCAACAACAUGCAGGAGGAGGGUGGGAGGGGGGGGGGUAUGUUGUCCAUUUCCUCACUCUGGUGUCCCUUUAGAGUAAAUUUUUCCAUGUUCUCUUAAUAGGGUUGUGUAAAAGUUAUUUUCCAGGACUUGGGUUACUUGAAGGGUGGAUACUCCUAUCCACUGGAUAAAUCUCUGCUCCUUGGAUAGUACACUAAGUUUUAUGUUUUAUUAAUGCAUUUCUGCUGGACAAUGAUUUAUAUGUGGAUAGAGUUUUCUGCCCUUUGAACAACUGGGCUUGACCUACCCCUCCCUGAAUACUACUUUAGUUACACUUCCUCUUCUCCCCUCUAUCUCAGCUUGAAGAGAAACAGAACAUCGUUAUUUGCAAGAAAAAAUGUACAACUCGUCACAAACAAUGGGUUUAAAAGAUGGAAUUCCUCUUUGUCAUCCUUUACCAAAAAUUUACUUUUGCAUCUUGUUUCCUUCAGGGAAGAACACGAGAGGAUUGGUGAUAUUAUCAAGAAAUACAGCCACUUCUUAAAGGUAACAUAAUGAUUAUUGAUGUUAACAUUGUCAUCAAUAGUUAUUAAUGCACUAAUAAAUCUUUUAAUGUAAAAACGGCUGAGAAAUGCAUGUCUUUUUUGUAAUAAACUUUUCAUUUAACUUCAGUUUGUAACAUUAAAAUUUUAAUAAUUGUAAUUGUUGAAUGUCAUCUUGUUUUGGUUUCAGUUCCAUUUCCACGAUUGAGAAACUUUUUGAAUUUUUUUUAUUAAAGUUUGAUGGGUUUAUAUUUCUUGUUCGACAGAUGUACACUCAGUUUGUGAAUGGCUACGACAAAGCUAUUGGUGUGUUUCAAGACACUAUGAAAGAAAAUUCAGAGUUUGCAGACAUGGUUGCUAAAUUUCAGGUAGGACAUAAUAUGGAGAAUAUUUAUUAAAAGCAAAACUCUGUAUCGUAACCAAAAUUUUGUGCAUCUGUUGAUAUACAUACUGACUCUAUCAUUUAUUACUACUUGAGAAAUGCUGUUUUUAUAACCCCAAAAUGAAAUUUUGGACAACAUCAUCAAACUAAAGUGAGAGAGAUUAUUUGUUAUCAGACAAAAAAUAGUAGAGUUUACAGAUCAACGUCAGUAUGUCAGCAACUGCACAUCUACCCCUCCCUUAAUCUAGCAUUAACCCUGACAUGUUAUCAGUUGAAUGAAGGUGGUAAGUUUCUAAAGAAACUGUGGUGCUUGUCAGUGGGAGAGUGCAACAGGGUAAUUUGGACUGAGUGAGUUGAUAACAUAAAUUGGCCACCGUAAAGAGUUUCAAAGCUGACAUUUCAAGCAUUACUCCUUCAUCAGGGCAAAUUUAAUUGCUCAGAUAUGCAGCAAAAUGCACAGAAAGCCCAAUCUGGCGAUGAGAAAAAGGCUACUAAAUCUGCAAUGUAAUUCACCCAUUGUUGAAUGACAGCUGUCCAAAAUGUCAAAGGUUAAAAAAAUCUUUGGUGUAGUAUUGUGAGGGUGGCAGCCAGUUAUUGGUAUGGUGUACCUCUACACUUAAAUCAAUCUCAGAUCACAUAGGUAAUUCUCCUUACUGUCUGCCAUACAAUUCUUAUAAAGUUAGUUCAGAGAAUUUAGUAUUGGAUCAACUAAGUAUCCCCAAAUUGACAUUUCUCUUUAUUCUCAUCACUUGUCUGGUUGAUAUUGUACUGAUAAUGUAAGGAGAAAUUCUGUCUUGGUCACCAGUAGGACUUAAGGGUUAAAGUGAGUGUAUUUUUUCGUCAGCAGGUGUCAGAUGGCCACCUUAAAUGUUGAAUGGAACAACCAGUUUUUUUUUGUUGGGUUGAAUAAAAAAUAAAUCCUAUAAAGGGGUAACACUUUAAAUGUCAGCUCUAGAAACUCCUUAUGGUGGUCAAUUUUUAUUUAUCAACUUGGUUGAUAUAACCAAAUUGUUUUGUAACACCUCCACAGUGACGUAGCAUCAAAGUUUUUUUAGAAACUUACAUUGUACAUUCCGAUAUAGUUGAUACCUUUUUUGUUAAGUUCAAGGUAUUGACAAAGAAUUUUAACUAUGGUCAAUACCAUAUGAUGUUGAAAAAAUAUUCACAUGUUCUAGAGAAAGUUUUAUAAAAAGUUCAGUUAACAGAAGUGAUGAGUGGAAAAGCAGAAAGUUGAUAACUGCAUCAUAUCAACUCAUGUACAAUGUAGAUAGAACAACAAAGAAUCAGAGGUGAAAAUAUAACACAUUGAUCUGAAGAAUUAUUGUAACUAUUGUUUUCUGUUUACAGGCAAGUGAACGUUGUCAUGGAAUGGCAUUGUCAUCUUAUAUGCUGAAACCUGUACAGCGCAUACCUAGCUACAGACUUCUUCUUAUUGGUGAGUUAAGUUUUCUGUUGUUAAAAGCGAUGAUCAAAUUUUUUUUUCUUGAAUAUUUUAUGAUGGUAUUUUUUCCCAGACUAUCUCAAGCAUUUGCCGAAGGACUCAGAGGAAUCAAAGGACAUAGAAGGUAAUUUAAAGGAUUUCUCUCAAUCAUACAUAAUUGUAUUUUGUAUUUUAUUUAACUGUACAAUAAUGUACAUGAAAAGAUUAUAUGCUUCCUAUUGACUGAAAACAAGUGCAUUCGCAUGUUCUUUGUUGGCACAUUUUUUAAUUUUUUAAAGUUGGGUGGAAAAGAUGCAUGCAUUUAACUCUUGAUAGGAUAUUUACUUCUCCCUCUGUUUUACAAGGGAAAACUAGACAAUUUGGAAGGAGAAUCUUUCUGCUGAUCAGAAGUCACUGAAAGGAUUUUUCAAUGCACCCCUAUAAAUAUUAUCAAAUUGCAAAUCGCUACACAAAACAACACCUCUUUUUGAUUUUUUCAAUACACAAAAUAGCACCUAAUGAUAUGCACUGUUAUGAAUAGCAUUUGAUCAUAAUUUGUUGGCUCUUUUCUUCUUAUCAGCUGCCCUUAAGAUUGUGUCAGAGGUUGCGACACACAUCAAUGAGUCCAUGAAGAAAAUGGUGGGUUGGAAUUGUACUGUUAUCAUCAGUGUGAAAAAAUUCCUCCCUUCUUCUAAAGAUAAAUUGCAUUAGAGAUAACAGGACUUUUUUCAUGCCACAAAAAGUGCUUAGUGUUUCACUGAUUUUCUCACCACACUUUGACAUCUGUGAUCUUUUACUGAAGAGACCCAUGACAACAUGGAAUGGAUUUAUUUUAUAAAAAAAGGCAAAAUGCUAUAAAUGGUGAAGUCAUUCAUGCGUCUGUCCUCAGUCCAUAAGAUUAUAAAUAAGAAUAAGUAAAAAUGCAUAUGUAAUUUAGCUUAUUAUGUGAACAAUUAUUUAAAUUUGUAAAACAGGCAAUACAGAGCACAAAAUAAAUACUGUCAUUGUUAUUUUUUAACAGGAGAACUUUGAGCAGAUGCUUAAGGUUCAGAGGAGUCUUGUGGGACACCCAGAGAUUGUCAAAGCUGGACGGGUAUGUACCAACAGUUGUUGCGUGCUUAAGUACAUUUAACGUGAGCUUCAUCAUUUCCAGGGGCAUACUGAUGAAUUCCAAAUAAUGAGUUCAAACUUUGAUUUGGAAAACAGAGAAUUUUUUUGUCUGAGCUAACAUAUGCCAACCCACCCCAACCCACCUCCCCCCCCCCACUUCACUUUCUGUUAACCCUUUAACUUCCAAGAUCUGAUAGUUAAUUCUCUCCUCUAAAUGCUACACAUUUCCUUGUAAAAUGGUUGCAAGAAUUUGGUGUUCAAUCAAGAUACUAUCAUACCUGAUAAGUUUGAAUAAUCUCACUACCUGUUUGUUGGAUAAUUUAUGGAUAUUAUGGGGAGAAGUUACUUGUUAAUCACUUCUGGGAGUUAAAGGGUUAAACAUCUUUUCGUUAUCUAAAAAAUAAGUCAGUUGAGUAAUAAUUAGUAAUGCACCAACUUUUUGUUACAAAGACUGCAGGUCUGAUAAGGAAAGGAAGGGGGAGGGGGUUCUGUUCCAAUUGAUAACAACUUUUUCGUAAUGUAGUUCUUACACGUUUAUUUUUUAUAUUUCUUUUAUAGGACUUUAUCAAAGAAGGGACUUUGAUGAAAUUGUGUCGGAAAGACAUGCAAGAGAGAAUGUUUUUCCUGGUUUGUAAAUAACUCUUAAUUUAUUAAUUCUAGAAAAGAUCAAUUUUGCUUUUUUGUCCUUUUUCGAUGUUCAUAAUAACUUAGUGAUUCAAAUGUUGACCUUGGUGCACUGUUGGUGUUUAUUCUGAGGAAAUCACGUUUCUCUGUAGAGGUCAAAAUUAAAGAUUAUUAAUAUUUAUUUGUUGCUUUUUCUCAGCUGACAGAUGUUUUGUUGUACACAACCCCAGUAGGCGGUAAUCAGUACAAGCUCAAUAAAACACUCCCACUGUUGGGAAUGCAGGUAAGAGUAGGACUGGUACUGACUAGGAGAUUGUCUUUUGCCUUUAACCAUAGAUGUUUUUAAUAACAUAAGAAAGCGCAGCAUAGGAACAAUGCUUUCUUACAGAUACACGUGUCAUUAUUUUAUUUUUCAGGUGACUGUUCCGGAUUCUCCAGAUUUUGUAAAUGAAUUUAGUAUCAUAAGCACCACAAGAUCAUUUACUCUCACAGCGAGGUUAGUUCUGCACGUUGUUAACCCAUUUACACCCAAACAUCAGUAUGCAUAUUCUCCUAAUAAAUUUCCUAAGGUGCUGACAAGGAGAAUUUGUGUAACAAUCAAGAGCUUCUUAAGUUGGUGAUCAUUUCCCUUAUUCUUGUAACCUUAAUGUUUAAUUUAAGGUUGAUAUUGUAAGGAGAAUUUAGUUAAGAGCCCUUUGAAUUUGUCAUUCAUUUGAUUUCAGGUAAACUAUUCGAGGGCAGGCAUUUUUUCAUGGUGCACUUUUGACUCCUGUCCUUAAGUUGUUAGUGUAAAUACAUGUAGAUAAGUUUAACGCCACAAAAUGAAUGCGCAUUUAAUAUAUUUGCCUGAUAGAGGUGUAUUUAGAUGUAAAUACGUGUAGCUGUUAUUCGACUGAAAGUGAAUGAUUAAUACAAAUAUCUGAGUACAAAAUGUAACAAUAACAACGACGACAAAAAUUAUGUGAAAAAGAAACAAACUUACAAUUUGUGGCGUAACCAGGUCAGACAGCAAAACUCUUAAAUAAAAGAAACACGUCGCGAGCAAAAACUAACGAAGCGACUGACUUGGUUGAAAUUGACUAGCAGUGAUACUUAUCUAUUGAAAACAACGCGCAUACUGGCAAUAAAUAUACAGCUACCGGCGUUACGUAAUUCCUACGUAACCUCACGCAAAAACGCCAAUUUAAUUGAAUAGUAACGGAACAUCACAGUACUGUCAGUAGUAGUACAGUUAAAAGAAAAACAAUAUAAAAUUAUUUCGCAGUUGUUUGACCAUAAAUAAAAAUGCUAAUUCUAAUUGUUACCGUCAGCCUUGAAGUUAGUUUCUGUGUUGUGGGAAUUUUUUGUAUGUGCAAAAUUGCAUAAUUAGUACGUUCUACUUUUUUUUAAAACAGCACUCCAGAAGAAAGAGAUCAGUGGGUUGAGGUAGGUACUACUGUCAAAAGUCGCAACUUAUGAAUUAAAGAUAUUUUACCCUCGAUCUCAUGUUCUUAACAUUUGUUCCAAGGGUGAUAAUAUGAGGAAAAUUAGAACCCAGUCACUUCUUGGGGUUAAACCUUUAACUCGAUCCCAUGAGUGACCAAGACAGAAUUUUUCCUUACAAAAUUAAUACAAUGUCAACCAGACAAAUUAUGAGAAUAAAGAAAUUUAUUAAUUAGGAGAUUAUUAGUUGAUCUAACACCAAAUUCUCAAAACUAACAUCACAAGAAUUAUAUCGCAGACAGUAAGGAGAAUUACCAAUGAGAUCUUGGGAGUUGAACGGUUGAAGGGGUAACCUCUUGCACCUGUGCGACUCUGUGCCCUAUUCAGACUUAACAUUAAGUAUAAAGUUUACAGCUCUUUUCAACGAUACACAGUACACACAUGAACAAGUUAGAUAUUGAAGGUCUAUCCUCUCCACCAGUUAGAUAGUGAAGGUCCAUCCUCUCCACCUGUUAGAUAUUGACCAAAUUUGUAACUUCAUUUUCAGACUUUGAAUAACGCCAUAGACGUUGUCACCAAACGGAAAAUCACAUUUUUUAACAAGACAAGAGAUGCAACAGGACUGGUAAAAAUAAAUUGUUCUUUUACGGCUGCUUUACUGAAAAUGUAUUUGGAAUUCUGCACUUUAAUUGAUUCAAUUGGUUAAAAUAGCUGAGUUAAAUUAAGAAACCUCUCCCCGACACCCACACCCCGCCCCCCCCCCCCCCCCCCACCCACACUGUUUCCGGAACUAAACUUGUUAAAGGUAAUAGAAAAAAGAGGUUGCUCUAAAUCAUUUUUUGUGUGUGUGUUGUUAGAUUAAACCUCUUCCUCUUGAAGAGUGUCUAUCCCUAAAAUGAAUUCCCCGACUCACGAAUGUCUCCAAGUCGAGGCUGCCCAAUCCCCCCCCCCCUUCCCUCUCGCUUGAUUUUACCCUGAAUAUUCCAAAUUUGGGGUUGCGUCUCCGAGUGCUGACUUCCCUAUCGCUGACGUUUACCCCUGGGGUAACUCAAACCCCCUCGGUAUCUCAGCCGUUUUUCGUUGGCUUCAGAAUUUUUUUGACGAGGGGUCUUUUCUCCAUCUUUCCACUUACAUUUGCGAGGCUUUGUGAUCUCAUAAUUUUUAAAAUCUGAAUCCGUUUAAUGUUCUCGUUAUUGUGAAGGGAGUGCAAGAGAGGGACGAAGAGGUCAUGAAACUCGGAGAGAAGGCCCCUGUGUGGAUUCCGGAUCACCGUGUUACAAUGUGCAUGAGCUGUACGUCUCCAUUUACUCUCACCAACAGGAGGCAUCAUUGCAGAGCUUGUGGAAACGUAAGUACAGCGUGUUGAAAAUUCAGUUUCAUAUCGUUCAAUCUCGAACUCAAGAUUCCAUGGAUUGUAUUUUGUCAAUGACCUCCUCACCCUCUUCCCCACAAAAACUGUGCGCGGUAGUUUUGCAUAGUUAAGGACAGGUUAGGCUCUAAAAAGACACUUCAUGUUUUGUGUAUGUUAAGUUUUUUACGCUUAAUUCUUUAACUAUUUACACCUUAACAUCAGUAUGCAUAUUCUCCCUACUGUCCUCCGUACAUUUCCUUACGUGCUAACAAGGAGAAUUUAUCAAGAGCUUCUUUCGUAGGCGAUCAUUUCCUUUAUGGUCUUGACCGUGCUGUGCAAUUCAGUGGUGAUAUUGUAAGGAGAAAUUAGAUGCUGGUUACUCUAAGAGGUCAAAGAGUUAAAAUUGCUUUUUUUCUGAGUUAGAAACGCACCUGAGCGAUAAAAAGAAAACCGACAAGAAAGCGGCAAACUAGUCGAAGAUGGGAAAUAUUGACUCGGAUUUUCGAGUGCGUGACGGUUCAUUUGAAAUUUAGGACUGAGAAGAGGACGUCGUCUAUUUAUUGUUUCAGGUUGUUUGUGGGGCUUGUUCGGAAAGCACCGCUCCACUGGCAUACUUGGAGUACAACCAGGCUAGGGUUUGCGACAAGUGCUAUGACCUGCUUUUAAAAGGUGAGCGCGAGAAAUGUUUUUAAGAAUAAUUCCUUCCCAAUACGGCAGCCGUUUUAUUUCCCUUAUUGAGCACCCCUUUUCAACAGCUGAUUUUUUUCAAAUUGGCUUAGUGCGAUAAUGAUAAAGAGGCUCGUCAACUUUCACGAUGUAACGAAAAGAAAAAAAUAAUGACCUCGCGAGAAUUGCAGUUUCGAGCAAUUUUCCAUUGAUUGUCGAAAGUAAUUUGGGAUUGCAUUGGUUUUACUUUCUGACUCCCUGUGAUUGGCUGUGAAAACUGGCGCUAUCCUCUCAACCAAUCAGAUGCAAAACGAAAAGCAAUCACGACUUGGUCGCCCGCGUUUUUCCCGCGCUUUAGGCAGUUUAGUUGUUCUUACUUUGACUUCUCAUUGGCUCUUCAAGGUAUUUCCCUUUCUUCUGAUUGGCCGUUGUGAUUACGUUGGUUUUGGUUUUGCGACACCCAAUCCAAAAGCACUCUAAUUGUGUCUAACACGCGUUAUAGUGAAAUCCAAUGCAAAACACACGGGAUAACAAUUUACUCUGUGCAGGAUAGCUUACAACGCCAAUUCCUCCUUUCCAGAUUUCCACACCGUUGAAAUGAAAGCAGUAGAGGAAGAAUCGCCUACGUCUACGCUUCCCCCGUUGCUUCAAGAGGCAGAAGACGCAGAGAAGCUGCUACGAAAACCGACCAAGUUUGAAAUGAUGCGACGAUUUAAGAGUAGAAAAACAAAAAGAAAAUCGACAAUAAUGCAUCCGUCGCACUUAACAGAGGUCAGUGAAUGUCUAAAGUACUCUGGGAUUGCUUUGGUUUUAAUUUGUUUACUUUGCUCUUUGAUUGGUGGAGAAAAAUGCUUUCUCAACCAAUCAGAUGCAAGACUAGAAUUGCGCACGACCUUGUCAAUCUUUUUCCCGCGCUUGAUACAAGGAUUUUUUAUUUGACAUCUGAAAUAUUUUGUUUCUCAAUAGGUCGUCGCUAAUCAGGAAGGAAGUCAAAUGAGUGGCUACUUAAAAUACAAGAAAGGAAAAUUUGGAUGGAAGAAGUCGUGGUUUGUGCUCAAGGACAAUGUUUUGUAUUCGUACAAAGCCAGCUCAGUAAGUUAAAGAUGUUAACGAAGUUUUGAAACCACAAAAAGUUACCGUUUGUUUACAUCUAAAAAUAUGAAAUCUCGUUUUCAGUCAGUAUUAUGAGCGAAAACAAACAAUUAAAACAUAAACAAGCCAAAAAAAAAAGGAAAAAAGUGUUCAUCUCGAAAGUGGAAAAAAAGCGGGAAACGAGACGCAGGUUGCUAGCGCAGGAAAUCUGUGGUACGCGUCUAAGGCAGGGAAUAUGAGAAAUAUGAUAUGGAGGAAAUGUGAAAAAAACCUCAAGACUAAAACGCAGAUAGGAGAAAUAAUUGAAUAGGAAAGGAUAAAUUGUUUGGAUAGUUGCUGGCUGUUGAUGAACUUGUUUGUGUGAUUACCGUGUCUUACUACUGAGUUUGGUUUUUCUGAUCAAUUUGAAAUUGUAGGAUGUUGUGGCGCUGGAAAGUCAACCAGUCUUGAGUUAUGAAAUUGAAGAUCUUGGCAAGGUGCGUUUACUUAUCUUAAUUAGGUAUUUUGCGUCUUUAUGAAAAUUUAGUAGAGUCAGACAUUGUCUUUUAAGCUAAUGAGAUAAUUUAGAAAGAUAUAAAUUAUUGUACUGGGAUAUGGAAACUGAAAGUCAAGUGAAUUUCAAUGAAAAUUAUUGGUGAACUCGAGUGAAGAAGCGCGGGAAAACUGCUAGGGGUCAAGGUAUGACUGACACAGCACUCGUCUGUGAUUGGCUAAAUAGUAGUACACUAAGCAGCGAUUGGCUCGCAGUUAUAAACCAAUCAGAGGGGUGAUUUAACGCCGAGUUGAAACUAAUACGCUGUUAGAGCAAUAUUCAAUAACCUUGAGUGUCGAAAGUAAUUCGGAUGUACUGGUUUUGCUUCACUUUUCCCUAUGAUUAGUCCAAACAACCCGCGCCACGCUCUAUACCAAUCAGAUGCAAACCUAGCACCUAUCACGACUUGGUCGUCCGCGUUUUCCCGCGCUUUAGUCUUUUUGCUUGUUUUUACUCUGAGAUUUGAGUGGCUUUUCAGGGUAUUUUCCUUCCUUCUGAUUGGUUGUUGCAAUCACUUUAGUUUCGAUUUAAUGACCCUCAAUCGAAAAGCACUCUGACUUCACCGAUGACUUUCUGUGCAUCCGUUAAGAUGGAAUUGAUACUUUUUUCUCACGUGUGUUUAUGUGUGUCACUGGUUUUCAGGAAGGGAAUGAUUUUGUAUUUCAACUCAAACACCAUGGUAUUUCACCGUUAGUUUUCAAGGCAGAUAACGAAAACUCUGCAACAAGGUAAAUGAACAGAUCUACCUCUUUCCGAACGGAAACAAUAUUUUUCAAUUCUAUCUAUGAUUGUGUCACAUAAAGAUAACUAUUACUAUAGGUUGUGCAAUAACUCUUUAUUUUGUUUGACUUUUUCAGGUGGAUACGCGAACUUAAGAAAGCGACCACGAUGCAAUCAUGAAAUAAUUGUUGUCACGCACUGAAGUAACGCCGUCCAGGGCGUUAGGUCCGAGUCACGCUGUGCGAGUCACGCAAAGAUGUUGGACGUAAUGUCAAGGUUUCUUUGCGAAAGAUGGAGAACGUUAAGAAGGACAUUUUACUAAUUGGAAUACCUUAUAUUAUCUGUGCCUAGGAAAAUAUCAAAUGCUUUAGAAUUAUUAUAAAUUUACAAAGUUUUACCGUUAUAUAUAUAGAGAAAGACUUGAAAAGUAUAGUUUUGGUGGAAAAAGUUAACCGCUGUAUAAUUAAACUUGAUUUUUCAGUUGGGUAAACAAGGCUUACUUUCCGAUUUCAAUCGUGCAACUAAGAGCAGACCCAAGCUUUCACGAACAUUUUGGACAAAUUUUGGACACAAUGACACUCAACAGCUCUGGCCAUAGUUAGUGUUUAGUCCUAUUUUAAAAUUGUUAGAUAAAAUGUCAAAAGCUUCUAGUCUAAGAACGUUGUAAAUGGUCAGAAUUUGUAGAGGUGAACAUGCCUCACAAGUUUUGCUCGUUUAUUCCUCGUUUGUUCAUCUUUGUCUUCGAUUCACAAAACAUUACGAACUUUUUACCGGUUCUCUAAAAGCUUUCCUAUUCAUUCACGAUUACCAGGCGAUUUUUAACGAACUUAUUGCAAAUAUUUCACUCACUCGUACAAUGUUUGACGAGUUCGUGUUGGUGUCCAUCACUUUUUCAAGGCCUACUUACGAACGGCCGACCACAAACUUGAAGCUCUCGACAAUCAGAAGACGGUAGAGGUUUACCGAUCAAAUUUUCUAUUGCUUGCAAUAUCGACAAAUAAUGCUGAAUAUAUGGAAUUAUAGAUAUACUAAGAAGUCAAUAUUAUCUCUCGCUAUUUUUUGUGAAUAUUCUAUCACUUGCAAAAAUUAUGUGUCUUUAGGCAUGGAUUGAAGGAUUGCUUACGUUAAAUGAGAAAAUCAAAUUAAUUCACUAGAGGAAAUAGAAGGGCUUUUUGUUGGAGAGGUUUAAUUUUUUUUAUUGAUCCACUUAUGUUUUUUGCUCUCAAAUGAUCCUUAAUUUUUUUCGUUUACCAACCCUCUGUAUAGACAUAAAGUUUUUAUAUUGUUAGAAAUAUAGUUUUUUUAUAUAAUAAAUGUUUAUCUCAUAG